GGCUGAAAAAGAAGAGGUCAUUUUAGCUCUCACUUAUUAAGGGAGCCAGUCAAAUUCGGAUGCUGGCCCAUGUUAGAUCACUGGGAGGCAAACGUCCGGCCUCUAGGUAUGUCAAGGGAAUGGUUCAGAGAUAUCCAGAGCAUCUUCCUCGAAAAUGGCAGAAGCCCCUCUGCUGUCUGAUGGAGGAGGGUACCUGAGGGGCUUGGUUUGCCAUUGAAUGUUCCAUCUCUUGUACCUUCAGCACUGUGUAUUUAGGGCUUUUCUCCCUCUAAAAAGGAGCCCGGGCCUGCCUCCUUUCCCUGACAAAGGGCUUACAGGUAAUUAGAAGGGAUUAUGCUUGAAGGGGAAAAGCAGCCUUUAAUCACCAGAAGGACACAGCAGCCUGAGCUGGAGGCCGUCCCAGUGGCCUUUGUGUCGGCCUGAGCCCCCGGCCCAGGGUGGCCACCCGGUGCUGCGGUCGUCCAGCAUGGGCUUCCUCAGACAGAUCCAGCUUUUGCUUUGGAAGAACUGGACUCUGAGGAAAAGACAAAAGAUUCGCUUUGUAGUGGAACUCGUGUGGCCUUUAUCUUUGUUUUUGGUGUUAAUCUGGCUGAGGAAUGCCAACCCACUCUACAGUCAACAUGAAUGCCAUUUUCCCAACAAGGCGAUGCCUUCAGCGGGAAUGUUACCAUGGCUCCAGGGGAUUUUCUGCAAUAUGAACAACCCUUGUUUUCAGAACCCCACCCCAGGAGAAGCUCCUGGAAUUGUGUCAAACUAUAACAACUCCAUCUUAGCAAGAGUAUAUCGAGACUUUCAAGAGCUCUUCAUGGACUCACCAGAGAUCCAGCACCUUGGCCAGGUUUGGACAGAGCUCCGCACCUUGUCCCAGCUCAUGGACACCCUUCGGACUCACCCCGAGAGAUUUGCAGGAAGAGGAUUACAAAUCCGAGACAUCCUAAGAGAUGAAGAGACAAUGACUCUAUUUCUCAAGAAAAACAUUGGCCUGUCUGACUCAGUUGCCCAUCUUCUGGUCAGCUCCCAAGUUCGUGUGGAACAGUUCGCUUAUGGAGUCCCGGACCUGGAACUGAAGAACAUCGCCUGCAGCGAGACCCUCUUGCAGCGCUUCAUCAUCUUCAGCCAGCACUGGGGGGCACAGACUGUCCGUGAUGCCCUGUGCCCCCUCUCCCAGGUCACCCUACAGUGGAUAGAAGACACUCUGUACGCCAACGUGGACUUCUUCAAACUCUUCCGUGUGCUCCCCACACUCCUAGACAAAAGUUCUCGAGGAAUCAACUUGAGAUUUUGGGGAGAAAUAGUAUCUGACAUGUCACCCAGAAUGCAAAAGUUUAUUCAUCGGCCAAGUGUCCAAGACUUGCUGUGGGCAACCAGACCUCUCCUGCAGAACAGCGGUCCUGAGACCUUCACACAGCUGAUGGGCAUCCUGUCUGACCUCCUGUGUGGGUACCCAAAAGGAGGAGGCUCUCGGGUGUUCUCCUUUAACUGGUAUGAAGACAAUAACUACAAAGCCUUCCUGGGGAUUGAUUCGGCAAGGAAAGAGCCUACCUAUUCCUAUGACAAAAGAACAACAUCCUUUUGUAACUCAUUGAUCCAGAGCCUGGAGUCAAACCCUUUAACCAAAAUAGCCUGGAGGGCAGCAAAGCCACUGGUGAUGGGAAAAAUCCUCUUUACUCCAGAUUCCCCUGCUGCGAGAAGGCUAAUGCAGAAUGCCAACUCAACUUUUGAAGAACUGGGUCGAGUUAGGAAGCUGGCCAAAGUGUGGGGUGAAGUGGGACCCCAGAUCUGGUACUUCUUUGAGAAGAGCACACAGAUGACCACGAUCAGAGAUAUCCUGAAGCAUCCAACAGUAAAAGACUUUAUAAACAGGCAGCUUGGAGAAGAAGGCAUUACCACCGAAGCCAUAUUAAACUUCUUCCCUAAUGGUCCCCGAGAGAACCAGGCUGAUGACAUGACCAGCUUUGACUGGAGGGACAUAUUUAACACCACGGACCGCUUCCUACGCCUGGCUGAUCAGUACCUGGAGUGUCUGGUCCUGGAUAAGUUUGAAAGCUAUGAUGAUGAAGUUCAGCUCAUCCAGAGAGCCCUGUCUCUCCUGGAGGAAAACAGGUUCUGGGCUGGAGUGGUAUUUCCUGACAUGUAUCCCUGGACCAGCUCCCUACCUCCCCACGUGAAGUACAAGAUUCGGAUGGACAUAGAUGUGGUGGAGAAGACCAAUAAGAUCAAAGACAGGUACUGGGAUUCUGGUCCCAGGGCGGAUCCUGUCGAAGAUUUCCGGUACAUCUGGGGAGGCUUUGCCUAUCUGCAGGACAUGGUGGAGCAAGGAAUCAUAAAGAGCCAGACUCAGGCAGAGCCUCCAAUUGGAGUCUAUCUCCAGCAGAUGCCUUAUCCCUGCUUUGUGGAUGACUCUUUUAUGAUCAUCCUGAAUCGGUGUUUCCCCAUCUUCAUGGUGCUGGCAUGGAUCUACUCUGUCUCCAUGACUGUUAAGGGAAUUGUCUUGGAAAAGGAACUAAGGCUGAAGGAAACCUUGAAAAACCAGGGUGUUUCUAAUGCUGUGAUUUGGUGUACCUGGUUCCUGGACAGCUUCUCUAUCAUGUCAAUGAGCAUCUUCCUCCUGACACUGUUCAUCAUGCACGGAAGAAUCCUCCAUUACAGCGAUCCCUUCAUUCUCUUCCUGUUCCUAUUGGCCUUCUCCACCGCAACGAUCAUGCAGUGCUUCCUGCUUAGCACUUUAUUCUGCAAGGCCAGCCUUGCAGCAGCCUGCAGCGGGGUCGUCUACUUCACCCUCUACCUACCCCACGUCCUGUGCUUUGCAUGGCAGGACCGGCUGACAGCUGACCUGAAGAUGAUUGUGAGCCUGCUCUCUCCAGUGGCGUUUGGGUUUGGCACCGAGUACCUGGUUCGCUUUGAAGAGCAAGGCCUGGGUCUGCAGUGGCACAACAUUGGGCAGAGUCCCAUGGAAGGGGACGAGUUCAGCUUCCUGCUGUCCAUGAAGAUGAUCCUUCUUGAUGCUGCCCUGUACGGUUUGCUUGCUUGGUAUCUUGACCAGGUUUUUCCAGGAGACUACGGAACACCUCUUCCCUGGUACUUCCUUCUACAGGAGUCUUACUGGCUUGGAGGUGAAGGUUGUUCGACCAGAGAAGAAAGGGCCCUGGAAAAGACUGAACCCUUAACAGAGGAAAUGGAGGAUCCAGAGCACCCAGAAGGAAUGACUGACUCCUUCUUCGAACGUGAGCUUCCUGGGUUGGUGCCUGGGGUGUGUGUGAAGAACCUGGUAAAGGUUUUUGAUUCUUGUAGCCGGCCAGCUGUGGAUUGUCUUAAUAUCACUUUCUAUGAGAAUCAGAUCACCGCAUUCCUGGGACACAACGGAGCAGGGAAAACGACCACCUUGUCCAUCCUGACAGGUCUGUUGCCGCCAACAUCAGGGACUGUGCUCAUUGGGGGCAAAGACAUUGAAACCAGCCUGGAUGCAAUACGCCAGAGUCUGGGCAUGUGUCCUCAACACAACAUCCUGUUUCAUCACCUCACAGUGGCUGAGCAUAUCUUGUUCUAUGCUCAGCUGAAAGGGAAGUCCUGGGAGGAGGCCCAGCUGGAGAUGGAAGCCAUGUUAGAAGACACAGGCCUCCACCACAAGAGGAAUGAGGAAGCUCAGGACCUUUCAGGUGGCAUGCAGAGGAAGCUGUCCGUUGCCAUUGCUUUUGUGGGAGAUUCCAAGGUGGUGGUCCUGGACGAGCCCACCUCUGGGGUGGACCCCUACUCCAGGCGCUCCAUCUGGGACCUGCUCCUGAAGUACCGCUCAGGCAGAACCAUCAUCAUGUCCACCCACCACAUGGAUGAGGCAGACCUCCUCGGCGACCGCAUCGCCAUCAUCUCCCGGGGAAAGCUCUACUGCUCUGGCACUCCACUCUUCCUCAAGAACUGCUUUGGCACAGGCUUCUACUUGACCUUGGUUCGCAAGAUGAAAAACAUCCAGAGCCAAAGAGGUGGCUGUGAGGGAGCCUGCAGCUGCGCAUCAAAGGGUUUCUCUACCAGGUGUCCAGCCCACGUGGACGAAGAACAGGCCUUGGAUGGAGACGUGAAGGAGCUGAUGGAUUUGGUGCACCACCAUGUUCCAGAGGCAAAGUUGGUGGAAUGCAUUGGUCAAGAACUUAUCUUCCUCCUUCCAAACAAGAAUUUCAAGCAGAGAGCUUAUGCCAGCCUUUUCAGAGAGCUGGAGGAGACGCUGGCUGACCUGGGGCUCAGCAGCUUUGGAAUUUCUGACACUCCCCUGGAAGAGAUUUUUCUGAAGGUCACGGAGGAUUCUGAUUCAGGCUCUAUGUUUGUAGGUGGCACUCAGCAGAAGAGACAGCAUGGUGGUCUCCGGCACCCUUGCUCGGUUUCCACUGAGAAGGUCAGGCAGCCUGCCCAGGCCUCUCACACCUGCUCCCCAGGACAAGCGGAUCCUCCUAAGGGCCAACCGUCCCCAGAGCCACAGGAUCCCGGUGUCCCAUUCAACACAGGUGCUCGACUGGUUCUUCAACAUGUUCAGGCCCUGUUAGUCAAGCGAUUCCACCACACUGUCCGCAGCCACAAGGACUUUCUGGCUCAGAUUGUUCUCCCUGCCACCUUCGUGUUUUUGGCUCUGAUGCUUUCCGUCAUUGUGCCUCCGUUUGGUGAAUUUCCAGCCUUGACCCUUCACCCCUGGAUGUAUGGGCAUCAAUAUACCUUCUUCAGCAUGGAUGAGCCCAACAAUGAACACUUGGAAGUACUGGCAGAUGUCCUCCUGAACAGGCCAGGUUUCGGCAACCGUUGUCUAAAGGGAGAGUGGCUUCCGGAGUACCCCUGUGGUAAUUCAACCUCCUGGAAGACACCGCCCGUGUCCCCGAACCUCACCCACCUGUUCCAGAAGCAGAAGUGGACAGCGGCCCACCCUUCUCCCUCCUGCAAGUGCAGCACCCAAGAGAAGCUCACCAUGCUGCCUGAGUGCCCUGAGGGAGCUGGGGGACUCCCGCCCCCACAGAGGAUACAGCGCAGCACCGAAGUCCUGCAAGACCUCACUAACAGGAACAUCUCCGACUACUUGGUAAAAACGUAUCCUGCUCUCAUAAGAAGCAGCUUAAAGAGCAAAUACUGGGUCAAUGAACAGAGGUACGGAGGAAUUUCCAUCGGAGGAAAGCUCCCUGCCAUCCCCGUCACUGGGGAAGCACUUGUUGGUUUUCUAAGUGACCUGGGCCAGAUGAUGAAUGUGAGCGGGGGUCCUGUCACCAGAGAGGCCGCUAAAGAAAUGUUAGAGUUCCUCAAACAUCUUGAAACCAAGGACAACAUUAAGGUGUGGUUUAACAACAAGGGCUGGCAUGCAAUGGUCAGCUUUCUGAACGUGGCUCACAAUGCCAUCUUACGUGCCAGCCUGCCCAAGGACAAGGACCCCGAGGAGUAUGGAAUCACUGUCAUCAGCCAGCCUUUGAACCUGACCAAGGAGCAGCUCUCCGACAUCACAGUGCUGACCACUUCCGUGGAUGUUGUGGUGGCCAUAUGUGUGAUUUUCGCCAUGUCCUUCGUCCCGGCCAGCUUUGUGCUUUACUUGAUCCAGGAGAGAGUGACAAAAGCCAAGCACUUGCAGUUCAUCAGUGGCGUGAGCCCCACCACCUACUGGCUGACUAACUUCCUCUGGGAUAUCGUGAAUUAUGCUGUAAGUGCGGGCCUGGUGGUGGGCAUCUUCUUUGGAUUUCAAAAGAAAGCCUACACAUCUGCAGACAACCUUCCUGCUCUCAUCGCUCUGCUCAUGCUGUAUGGGUGGGCGGUCAUCCCCAUGAUGUACCCCGCAUCCUUCCUGUUUGAUGUCCCCAGCACAGCCUACGUGGCCUUGGCUUGCGCUAACCUCUUCAUAGGCAUCAACAGCAGCGCCAUCACCUUCAUCCUGGAAUUAUUUGAGAAUAACCGGACGCUGCUCAGGUUCAACGCCAUGUUGAGGAAGUUGCUCAUCGUCUUCCCCCAUUUCUGCCUGGGCAGGGGGCUCAUUGAUCUGGCACUGAGCCAAGCUGUGACAGACGUCUAUGCCCAGUUCGGUGAGGAAUACUCUUCAAACCCAUUCCAGUGGGACCUGAUUGGGAAGAACCUGGUUGCUAUGGUGAUAGAAGGGGUGGCAUACUUCCUUCUGACCCUCCUCAUUCAACACCACUUUUUUCUCACUAGGUGGAUCGCUGAGCCUACUAGAGAGCCCAUUUUUGAUGAAGAUGAUGAUGUGGCUGAAGAAAGACAAAGAAUUAUUAGUGGGGGAAAUAAAACUGACAUCUUAAGGCUAAAUGAACUAACCAAGGUUUACUCAGGCUCUUCCAGUCCAGCAGUAGAUCGGUUGUGUGUCGGAGUCCGCCCUGGAGAGUGCUUUGGCCUCCUGGGAGUGAACGGUGCAGGCAAAACAACCACAUUCAAGAUGCUCACUGGGGACACCACAGUGACAUCAGGUGAUGCCACUGUAGCCGGCAAGAGCAUUUUAACGAAUAUUUCUGACGUCCAUCAAAAUAUGGGCUACUGUCCUCAAUUUGAUGCAAUUGACGGCCUACUCACAGGCCGAGAACAUCUUUACCUCUAUGCCAGGCUGCGGGGUGUGCCAUCAGAGGAAAUUGAGAAGGUUGCCAACUGGGGCAUCCAGAGCCUGGGCUUGUCCCUCUACGCUGACCGCCUGGCAGGCACCUACAGUGGAGGCAAUAAACGGAAGCUCUCCACAGCCAUAGCACUCAUUGGCUGCCCGCCCCUGCUGCUGCUGGAUGAGCCCACAACAGGGAUGGACCCGCAGGCACGCCGCAUGCUGUGGAAUACUAUUGUGAAUAUCAUCAAGAAAGGGAGAGCGGUGGUUCUCACCUCCCACAGCAUGGAAGAAUGUGAGGCGCUGUGUACGAGGCUGGCCAUCAUGGUGAAGGGCGCCUUUCAGUGUCUGGGCACAAUUCAACACCUCAAGUACAAGUUUGGAGACGGCUACAUUGUCACGAUGAAGAUCAAAUCCCCGAAGGAUGACUUGCUUCCUGACUUGAAUCCCGUGGAGCAGUUCUUCCAGGGCAACUUCCCAGGCAGCGUGCAGAGGGAGAGGCAUCACAGCAUGCUCCAGUUCCAGGUCUCAUCCUCCUCCCUGGCCAGGAUCUUCCAGCUGCUCAUUUCCCACAAGGACAGCCUGCUCAUCGAGGAAUACUCAGUCACCCAGAUCACGCUGGACCAGGUAUUUGUGAACUUCGCUAAACAGCAGACUGAGACCUAUGACCUCCCUCUGCACCCUCGAGCUGCUGGAGCCAGCUGGCAAGCCAAGCUUCAAGGGAAAUCUGGGCGGCUGGAGACACAGGAGCCUUUGCCCACAUGAUCACCUGAACAACUGGCUAAUUUGAGCAACCCCACCGCA